GGUCGUAUCGGCGUGAUUCUGGAUUGUCGUCGCAAUCUGCAGCAAAUCUGCAGUAAGCAGUAAAGCAGCUGCUGUAAUCAAAAUUAGGCCCUGUAGGUGACUAAAAUAUGGAGAAAAAGGUUGCCUUAGUAACUGGUGGGUCCAGGGGCAUAGGACAAGGAAUAGUUUCAGUUUUUGUCAGAAAUGGAGCUACUGUUGUCUUUUGCUCCGAAGAGCAAGAGACUUCAGAAAUUCAUCACUUUGUUCACAUGACAAACAGUGAGGGUCUGGGAAUAUGUGAAUUUGUCACCUGUGACUUGACAAAGGAGAGUGAUAUCAAGAAGCUUGUGGUGUACACCGUGGCCAAGUACAGCAGGCUGGAUUGCUUGGUGAACAACGCUGCAGCACACCCGCUGCACAUGCCAAUUGAGGGGUUCUCUGCAAAUGACUUUCGCACGUUAUUUGAGCUAAAUGUCAUGGCUUACUUUCUCACAGCAAAGUAUAGCUUGGCACACCUUAGGAAACAUGCCGGGAACAUCAUCAAUAUAACUAGUCUUGUUAACCAACUCGGACAGAAACACGCUGUGACGUACUGCGCCACAAAGGGGGCAGUGACAGCGAUGACCAAGGCACUCGCGAUAGACGAGGCAAAGUAUGGAGUGAGAGUAAAUUGCAUAUCACCAAGCUGUAUUUGGACGACAAUGUUUGAACGAGCAACAAUGUCAACACCUAAUCCAAAGAAAGCAAUCAAUGACGGAGCGGCACAACAGCUGGUCGGUCGGUUUGGUACGCCAGAGGAGGUUGGCGAAGCGGCUCUCUAUCUCGCCACAAAGGCAACGUUCUGCACAGGCACUGAUCUUAAUGUGACAGGGGGUGCCGAACUGAACUUUGGCAUAAAGACUCAAGUGACGGAUAUCAACUGAGUUGAUGAAAUAGUACUCUUUGAACUUCUUGAUAGAAAGGAUCAACGGAUCAACGGAUCACCAAAGGUGAACACGUGAAACGUAGACCAGAACCAAUACACACUACCUCUAUCAAAUUCUUGGCAGAUCAACCAGUCUGCCUUCCUGUGUGUUUUUACCUGAUAUUUUUAUGAUCAUGAAUAUAUGCCGGAGAAAAUUAUCACAAAAAGCCUUCCUCUUUGUCUCUUAUAUACAUGUUAUUAAUAUAAAAGAUAAUGCAAUAGUUGCCUAUUGCAUUUACACACAUAUCAUCUGAAAUAUCAGUUUCCAGAAUCAACUAGCUGUGACAAUUAAAGCAGCCUGCAGUAAAGCAGUGCUCAACUUACGAUCACGCCACUAGUAACAUAAUGAUAUUUUCUAACAUGAUGUAGCUAAAGUCGUAAAGUUACUGCAGACAGCUAUUUACAUCAGCAAGCAUUUUGAAGCUAUAUAUAGGUCUCACUCACAUAGAAAUUUCCAUGCGUGUUCUGUGUAAACAGUAAACAGCACCAAUUAAGAACGUC